AUGCCACCAAAACCAAUCCCAAUCCCCCACUUCGCAGAAACCCAACUCCAACUCCUCCUAUCCGAACACGAAGCCGAAGUCUCCUCCUCAAAAUUAGCCAGUACAGCCGCCUCUGUCUCCCCCCAAACCCGUCGAACACUCCAAGCAAUCGGCUCCGCACUUACAGGCAUCGUCCUCUCACAAUGCCGCACAGGUCUAGGCGGCCGCGUUGUUGGCGAGUUCACGCCUGACCCCGCUAUUACAUCUGAGGAGUGUCGCGCUGCAGAUGGCACGCCUAGGUUUUCGGCGCAUGGACUGCGGGUUGGGGAUGUCGUGCGUGUUAAUGAUGUUGCUGCUGGUGGGAAGAAGGGUGGAAAGGAGAAGGAGAAGGAUAGUGGGAAAGAUGGGAAAGGCGAAAAGGGCGGACCGGAGGGAGUUGUUACGAGGACUAGUGAGCGCGCGGUUUGGAUUGCGUUUGGGCAGCAGGGUGGUGGGGGACGGUCUAGGGAGGAUGACGAGGCUGUUGAGGAGCUUUGGGGGAAGAAGUUGUGGGCGAUUAAGCUUGCCAAUGACGUUACGUAUAGAAGGAUGAGGCAGACGAUGGAGAAAAUGGCCAAGAUGGCAGAUUCUGAUUACUCGCAUUUCAUGCGUGUUGCAUUUGGCCAUACCACCCCGCUACGACCAGACGAGGAGGCAGCUGGUCCUGUUGAAUUCAUUGAUCCGACAUUGAAUGAUUCUCAGAAGGAUGCUAUUCGAUUUGCGUUGGCAUCGCAGGAUAUUGCUCUCAUUCAUGGUCCACCCGGGACUGGAAAAACACAUACUUUGAUCGAGCUGAUUAUGCAAAUGGUUCAGCGAAAGAAGCGAAUUCUCGUGUGUGGUCCAUCCAACGUUUCUGUGGAUAACAUCGUCGAGCGCCUGGCUCCGAAUAAGGUCCCUGUUGUUCGCAUUGGCCAUCCGGCUCGUCUACUUCCUUCGGUCCUUGAGCAUUCACUCGAGGUUCUCACUCAGACAUCCGAUGCUGCGGGUAUUGUCAAAGAUGUUCGCAAGGAAAUUGAUGAGAAGCAAGCUAGCAUUCGCAAGACACGCUCUGGUCGCGAGAGACGAGGGAUCUAUGAUGAUCUAAAGCAGCUCCGGAAGGAGUUCAGAGAGCGCGAGUCUAAAUGUGUGGACAACCUAGUCCGUGAGAGUAGCGUGGUUCUGGCGACUCUUCACGGAGCCGGCGGUCACCAACUCAAGAAUCAAAAGUUUGAUGUUGUGAUCAUCGAUGAAGCAAGUCAAGCACUGGAAGCGCAGUGUUGGAUCUCGCUUCUUGGUGCAGAGAAGGUGGUCCUUGCAGGUGAUCAUCUGCAACUCCCCCCGACUGUCAAAUCCACCGGCCAGAAGUCCAAGGAAGCACAGCCCAAGGACCAGACCGAAGAUUCAACCUUCGACAAGGAGAUGUUGAAGGGUGUCUCCCUUGAACGAACUCUAUUCGAUCGUCUACUAGCGCUGCACGGUUCCGGCGUCAAACGGAUGUUGACUACACAAUAUCGAAUGCAUGAGAAAAUCAUGCGCUUCCCAUCCGACGAACUCUACGAGGGGAAGCUGAUCGCAGGAGAGGCGGUCAAGUCCCGACUGCUGGUAGACCUGCCCUACGAAGUAGAAGGCACAGACGACACGCAAGAACCGUUAGUUUUCUGGGAUACGCAAGGCGGUGAUUUCCCCGAGAAAGCGGAGGACGACGAGAUGAGCAAGAAGGGUUUGCUUGGCGAUAGCAAGAGCAAUGAAAUGGAGGCUUUGGUUGUUGCACGACAUGUGGAAACUCUCGUUGAUGCAGGCAUCAGGCCCGAGAGCGUUGCCGUCAUUACCCCUUACAACGGCCAACUGGCUCUAUUAUCGCGCAUGCUGCGUGAGAAGUACCCAGGCCUGGAACUUGGCAGCGUGGAUGGAUUCCAAGGUCGAGAGAAAGAAGCCGUUGUAGUGAGCCUGGUGCGCAGCAAUGAGCAGCAUGAAGUGGGCUUCCUCGGCGAAAAACGACGAUUGAACGUGGCUAUGACGCGACCCAAGAGACACCUAUGUAUCUGCGGAGAUUCAGAGACGAUCAGUCGUGGAAGUAGCUUCCUCAAACACUGGAUGGACUUCCUCGAGGAAAACGCCGACCUACGUUACCCCGACGCAGGCGACCUACUAGAAUAG